AUGCCAGGAAUCACGCCGCGGAAUUCGAACUACUCGCUGCAGAUAACGCCUCGGCUUCCAGGGCCGGACGUGCUGCUACCUGAGAACCACCUGCUCGAAUCGUGGGAGAAAUGGCUCGAAGUCUCGCGCGUGUUGGCCUACUUGUUGGGCUCGCUGCUCUUCCUGCUGGGCUCCAUCUACUUCUUCCCCAAGUACUCGGCCGUGUGGGACGGCAAAGGCGGACUCUUCGGCAGCUGGGACUUUGUGGUCGGCUGCGCGCUCUUCUGGAUCGGGGCCAACCUCGACUUCAUCCAGACGAUCCGGUACAACCACCGCACGCCGCUGCGUCAGGUGCUGCGCGCGUUCACCGCGCUGUUCAACUACAUGGCCACGUCCAUCUUCAUCCUGGGGGGCCUCUACUUCCUCCCGUCAUGGUACGUCAAGGCGCCGGAGCUCGGGUGCUGGGCCUUCAUCAUCGGAUGUGUCCUCUUCUGCCUCGCCGCCCUUGCCGACGUCUUGUUCAUCUGCAUGACCCACGAGGACCCGCACGACUCGGGCUUCCGAGUCUCGAACCUGUUCAGCUGGGGGACGCUCUCGGUGCUCGGGACGUUCGUCGGCGCGCUGUGCUUCAUCAUUGGCAGCUGGUUCUACAUGCCCGGGUUCAUCAACCGCGUCGACGAAGGCACGCACUACAUGAACACGGCCAUCACGUACUACGUGCUCGGUAGUGUGAGCUUCAUCGUCAGUAGCGCAGCGAUGGCCCCCGACGUCUAUCGGGCCAUCAACGCAACCAGCAGCAGCAAGGUCGACAAGUAA